AUGUCUGCUUCUGCUGCUUCGUCUCCUGCUGCCUCUCCUGCUGCUUCUCCUGCUGCUACUGCCAACAACAACAACAACAACCACGUGGGUGACAACAAUGAAACCCCUGUCAACACUCCCACCAACAACAACAAUGGCCCUGCCCCCAUGGAGGGUGUUGAACCCACUGGUGGUUUGGCCUCCAAGCACGUUGACGCCCUUGUUCUCUCUCGACAAUCGCUCAAGAAAAAAGAGAAGGAGUUGGAGAGCUUGAUCAUCAAGUAA